UCAGAACAUGGAGAGGUCCAUCCGGCUCCUGGCCUGCUUGGUGUGCGUCCUCCCGAUGGGAUCAUUUGUGAGAACUAGAAGAGAUACUACCGGGAACUUGCUCAACACAGAGGUGCACAGCGCCCCGACGCAGCGCUGGUCCAUGCAGGUGCCCGCCGAGGUGAGCGCGGCGGCGGGCGGGGCGGCGGUGCUGCCCUGCACCUUCACGCACCCGCACCGCCACUACGACGGGCCGCUGACGGCCAUCUGGCGCGCGGGCGAGCCGUACGCGGGCCCGCAGGUGUUCCGGUGCGCGGCGGCGCGGGGCAGCGAGCUCUGCCAGACGGCGCUGAACCUGCACGGCCGCUUCCGCCUGCUGGGCAACCCGCGCCGCAACGACCUCUCGCUGCGCCUGGAGCGCCUCGCCCUGGCCGACGACGGCCGCUACUUCUGCCGCGUCGAGUUCGCCGGCGACGUCCACGACCGCUACGAGAGCCGCCACGGCGUCCGGCUCCGCGUGACCGCCGCCCCACGGAUUGUCAAUAUCUCAGUGCUGCCUGGUCCCGCCCAUGCCUUCCGGGCGCUCUGCACCGCCGAAGGGGAGCCGCCGCCUACCCUCACCUGGUCCGGCCCGGCCCUGGGCAACCUCUCGACUGCCGCGCGGGGCUUGGGUCAGCAUCACGGCCACCAGGUGACCGCCGAGCUGCCUGCUCUGGCCCACGACGGCCGCUACACGUGCACUGCCAUUAACAGCCUGGGCCACGCCGAGGCCAGCGUCUACUUGUUCCGUUUCCACAGCGCUUCCCGGACCCCGGCCAUCGCCCUCCUGCUCGGCGCGCUUGGCCUCAAGGUGCUGCUGCUGCUUGGUGUGCUGGCCGCCUGCACCACCCGCCGUCGCCUAGAGGAUCCGGUCACCCAGGACACCCCACCACGGCCUCAGGCUCAGGAGUCCAAUUAUGAGAAUUUGGGCCAGAUGAGCCCACGGAGCCCACCGGCCACCACCUGUUCACCACGAGGAGCCCCUCAGCCACGAGCACCCACUUGUGUGCCAUGAGUUGCGAAGGCCAGCGUGAGGCUUGGCUGGGGCAGCCCUUCCUG